AUGGGUUUCAGGUUCUCUUACGUGUGUGACCUGCUGUCCAGCUUAGAGGGCAAUCGACUUUCCAAGGCAACAAGCGCAGCAAGAGCUCGGAAUCCCGAUUUUUGUACAAUUUCAAGCUGGUGCUUGAAUCAUUCGCAACGUAUACAUGACAAAGGCACCGACUUGCUCGCCCUUUUGUCAUGUCUGUUCCCGGACAAGCGGCCCGAUAGGGUCUAUUGGUUACAACAUGCUUCGCUGGCUCGUAUUAUCGGCAGAUGCUUGUACUUGGGGGCUUCUAGGUUGAAAGAUCUUAGCCGAUGGCAGAUCAGUGGAAGCGGUGACCUUGCUGAAUGCGUUCAGAAUGUAAUGAGUCAAGCGGAGAACCAAAUAGCCCCGGGCCAAGAAGUCACUGUAGAAGAAAUCGAUGCUGCGCUUCAGCAAAUUGCUUCACGAUGUCGAUUCUCCGGCUCAAGGGUGCGAAGAUCUCACGCUGCUGUUGACGUGGACGAGGUUCUGGGAUCCAUUUAUCGGAGACUAAGCAGUCGAGAUGCUAAAUGGUUGACUCGCAUGAUCUUGAAGUCAUACGGCCCUGUUGAACUUCCUGUCAACUAUAUUCUAAAGAGCAUCCAUUUCCUCUUGCCUCAUAUGCUACUUUUUCAAGACUCAUUUGAGGCGGCAGUUGAUCUGUUGAAAUCGCCUACCUUUCAGCUCUUUCCUUCUCGACCACAGCCAGACUUUGCCAAAUUGUUGGGCAACAAAGCACUUGAAAGCUUUGUACCUCGUCUUGGUGUCAAGGUUGGUCGCCCGGAGUAUUACAAGGCUCGGAGCAUCAAACAUUGCUGCAACAUGAUAAAUCGGCGGAGAGUGAGUCUCGAGAGAAAAUACGAUGGAGAGUACUGUCAGAUACACGUGGACAUCACGAAAGGCCAUGAUUGUUUCCAGAUAUUUUCUAAGAGUGGCAAAGACUCGACGUAUGAUAGAAUUGGCAUUCACGAUGCUAUAAAGCAUAGUCUCGGAAUUGGCGAGGCUCACUGCAAAGUCUCUCGUCGUUGCAUUCUGGAAGGCGAAUUGCUCGUUUGGGAUGAUAGAAGUGGGAAAGUCCUUGAAUUCCACAAGCUUAGGAAAUUCGUCACUCGCUCUGGCGUGCUUAUUGGCGCAGAUCUUGAUUCACAACCAAAACCUUACGAGCAUCUAAUGAUCGUCUUCUUUGAUAUACUGUUACUUGACGAUGACGUUUGUCUCAGUAAACCCCAUAGCACCAGACGGCUUUUGUUGAAAGAGACAGUCAAAGUCUUACCUGGGCGUGCCGACAUAUCUGAGCAGGAGAUUGUGGAUUUCUCUCGUCAAGACGGCAGCCGUCUUCUUAGGCUCGCAUUCACGAAGAGUAUUGCUGAAAGGUGGGAGGGUUUGGUGAUUAAAGCCUGCGAUGAGCCCUAUUUUUCUGUCCUAUCGCCAGACAAGGGCGACGGCUACACCCGGUGGAUCAAGCUCAAAAAGGAUUAUAUACCUGGCCUUGGGGAUACUGCUGAUUUUGCAUUGAUUGGCGCUCGCUACGAGUCAAAGGAUGUCCCCUCAUUGUCAAAGAUCUCGGCUCUCUCUUGGACGCAAUUCUUCAUAGGCUGUCUCGACAACAAAGAUGACGUGGUACGACUGCACGCUUCACCUCGCUUCCGUAUUGUUGACAUUAUUGGGUCCCACAGUUUGAGUGUCAAUGACAUGCAAGUGCUCAAUCAAUGGGGCAAAUUCGUCGCCUGCGAUGUCGACUCAAAUACUGCGUACGAGCUACACAGCAUCCACAACUCCUUACCGGCUAUGGAUGUUGUCUUCAAGACCCCCUUCGUAGUAGAGAUGCUAGGCAGCGGGUUUGAUAAACCUGGAAACGCACAGUACUAUGUAUUGCGUUUCCCCCGAGUUUUAAAGAUACACUGGGAUCGCACAUAUGAAGAUGCAAUUUCAUUUUCUGAGCUGCAAGAUCUGGCAGAAAAGGCCCGUUCUGUUCCUGAAGAUGAGUUACAAGAAGAGAAUGCCAUGUGGUAUGAUAAGGUGGAGGCGACGAAUAAGAAGAAUGGAUACAUUGUAGACAGGUCUCAAAGCACUUCAUCCACAAUCACGUCCUGCACUUCUCCAUUGUCCAAAUCAGGCAGCUUGAUCUCACCGGAUUUGACACCGCUCUCUUCAAAAGAGGUUGGGGCCUACGCUCACACCAGACACCUUGAUAAAACCCCGCCUACCAACUCGCUACACACUCUCAAACGCAAGAUAUCCUCAACUCACAGUCAGUCAGAAUUGACUCCUACACCGUUCUCAAAGCGUCUCAGGGUAUCUGUGCUUACCUCAUCUACCAACAUGGAGCAUUCUAUUUCAGAUCUCAGAUUAUAUUCCCAGCAUCUUCGAGUUCGAGGAAGCCCCAUUCCACGGUCAUGGACUACAAGCAUUGGCAGUUCUCGUUCAAAUCCUUCGUCUCGACCUCUCAGCAAGAUGGGGAGUCGUGCUACAAGUCCAUUGAGGGAGAAUCCAAAUGUCUUAUUGCGUGCGCCACCCAACUACGUACAACCGCUUCCAAGCAACUUCGUCAGGUCUGACUUGGGUCAAGACCACUGCCAAAUAUCGUCGACAGCUCCAGCUCCAGCCCCUACGACGCGCUACUGUUCGAUUGAGGAACCUAUAGAGCAGAAUGACCUUUCAGCUUCUAUUUCUACUAACAAUAUACUUCCGCCUCCCCGCCCGCUUCCUACACAUCCCCUGUCUCCACUUGCUACAAUUCCUAUGUACUGUGGCGAGUUCGGCUUCGUGGAGAACCUUUUUCGACAGACGCCCCGCGAGUUCACCUUUUCUGCAUUACACUUUGUACAGUCAUUGGGAUUUCCUUACUAUCGCGGAAUGCUGCGUGCAUCAAAUCCAGCUGCAGCCGAUAGCCAGAUAGCCUUGGGUAUCGUACUCGUCAAUAUCAGGGACCCAGCCAAUACGCUCACUACGCAGCUUUGCAACGUCGGUAAUCAGGUAGUUGCCCAGCUUUGUGAGUUACAUAGCAUUCUUCCGAGUUCUGGCAAGAUUUUCUUUCUCGACAGACGUGUACUCAAUGCUGGAGGCUCAGAUGGAAUUCACAAUGAGCUUUUUCUUUUGAACGACUGGUGGGCACAGUAUGGUAUGCAGUAUUACUACGCUACCAUAUCCUGGAGUCUCGGUAAAGAUGUGGAUCAAUUCCCUCAAAGUGUUGGCGAACCUUUCGGACACGCUGCUCAGUCUGAUUCUCGCAAAGCUACAGGUGUUGUUAGCAGAUUUCAGCCCAGUGACGUCGAGUCCAUCGGGGAAUUUGUCUCCAUCAGGCCCACCGUUCACAUUGAUGGUGACCACUUUUAUGCCCCUUAUACUCUUCCAGAAAAUAUUUGGCAUGAAAACCUGUCUCCUAUCCUGCAACCAGGAUCUCGAAUUGGAACAAUAACUAACGUCAACUCUGAAUGUUCAUCUUCUGCGUUCAUUUGA